GCCGUAUAAAUGUGGCUCUGCAGAUAUGCUCCAACACAACAACUGCUUUACAAGAGAAAUCAGUAUUUGCUCCAUACAAAGACAAUUUGUACCUUUUUAAAAAUGCUGAACGGGAUCUUCUUUGUGUGCCUGUCUCUCAGUCUGUACAGUGCAGGCUCCUCGCUGAGCUGCAGAUGGAUGACUCAUAAAUUCAGACAGCACAGUACAAACUCUUUGGAUCUAAUAGCUACGAUGGCUAAUAAUUCCACUAACACCACUGAGGAUGAAGUGGACUUCCCUAAUGAUCUGUACAACCAGGCGUCCAAAGCAUCAGCUGAGGACAAACUGAGUUUCACAGUUCAGAUUCUGGAGGAGAUGGUUUCCCUGUUUGAGGAGGAUCACAGCUCUGCAUCAUGGGAGCAGAACACAGUGGAGCACUUUCUCAUUGUUGUAACCCAGCAGGCUGACGGCCUCCACUCCUGUAUUCAGGGCCACAGCCACAAGAAGAAGAACAAGAAGCUGCACAUGUAUUUCAAGAGACUCUCACACCAUGUCCUGAAGCGAAUGGGCCACAGUGCUGAAGCCUGGGAGCUGAUCAGGGAGGAAAUGAAAGACCAUCUGAUCAGAGCAGAACAGCUGGUUUCACCUCUGCUGCCCAACUAAAAUCUGUCACGUUAACAAUGUGUUAAUUUAUUUGCUUACAUGCAGUAUCUAUUUAUCUAUUUAUUGCCAUAUUGAUGUAUUUAUUAUUGAGAUGUGUGUGUGUGUAUUGAUCAUGUAUUUUUCUAUGCUAAGAUGACUAAAACCUGUUUUCUGUCAGAUUCAUUAAUUUAUGUAUUUAUCUAUUUAUUGUUUAUUUAUAUAGUGA